AUGUCUGCUACAGGAAGCGUAUCAGUUUCCGAUGAAAAUGCGUUACGUGGGUUACCACUUUUGUUAAUAGAUCAUGUUGCCACCUAUUGGCAAGGUAUUAAACAAACAAUUAAGUCGUGGGAAGAUGCGAUUGAUGCGCGUUACGUUCCGCGUACAGCUAAAGUCCCUAGAUUUACAAACAAAGUUUUACCGCCAUAUCGGGAAGAAAUGCAAAUUGAUAUGAUUUACGGAUUAUUGCGUAGAAAAAUUCGAAAACAUGUUAGCCGCAAGUCGGUAAAAAGUUUCACUGACUUAAUCGAGUAUUCGCGUAGUGCAGAACAAUCUUUAGCGUGCAAAGACGAUUUGAAAGACAAAAUGAACGCAAAAGACAAAGACAAUAGUGCGCGUAAGAAAGUAAAGUGUGCGUAUUGCAAGAUCUACGGACAUUUGCUUGCCGACUGUGAGAGCCUUAAACGAAAAACAGAAAAGAAAGGAACUAUGAGCCCUAGCACAACGAAUGCUGCUUCAAACUUCUCCAAACCAACGAUUUCUUGUUAUGUUUGUGUCUUGAAAGGUCAGGCAUGCUUGGACACUGGUGCAGUAAGAAGCAUUAUUGAUAAAACACUUUGCGAAAAUAUUAAAGACAAAGUAACUUUUACGAAAGAAAACAUUGUUGUAAAGUAACGACAUGCCACGACAA